AACCAUAUCAAAGUGUCACAUUAUUAGAGACUCCAAGAUCAAGAGUAUCUGUUAUGAUUACACAGAUAUGGAGACUAAGGUGACCAGAGGCCAAGCUGAUUUUGACCCAAGUGCUCCUCCGCCAUUUAAGAUUGCCGAGAUUAGGGAUGCAAUUCCCAAACACUGUUGGGUUAAAAAUCCAAGGAGGUCUUUCAGUUAUGCUGUUAGAGAUAUUUUUGUCAUUUUUGCACUGGCAGCCAUAGCCAAAUACUCAAGCACUUGGUAUGUUUGGCCAUUCUAUUGGGCUGCCCAAGGCACCAUGUUUUGGGCUGUAUUUGUUAUUGGACAUGAUUGUGGCCAUGGAAGCUUCUCAGACUCUCGCUGGCUCAAUAGUUUUGUGGGGCAUAUUUUGCAUUCUGCAAUUCUUGUUCCUUUUCAUGGCUGGAGAAUCAGCCAUAAAACACACCAUCAGAACCAUGGACAUGUUGAGAAUGAUGAGUCUUGGGUUCCAAUGACAGAGUCUUUGUACAAAAGCUUGCCUAGCAGCACCAAAACGCUGAGAUUCACAAUGCCUUUUCCAUUCUUUUCUUUCCCCCUCUAUCUGUGGUAUAGAGCUCCUGGUAAAGAAGGCACUCACUUCCAUCCUAGCAGCGACCUGUUCUCUCCUAAUGAAACAAGUUAUGUUAUAACAUCAACUGUUUGUUGGAUUAUUAUGGCUGCUUUGCUUUUCCAUUUGUCCAUUGUGUUUGGUCCUAUCCAAAUGCUCAAAUUAUACUUUGUUCCUUAUUGGAUUUUUGUUAUGUGGUUGGACAUUGUCACAUACUUGCAUCACCAUGGUCAUGAGACGAAACUCCCUUGGUACCGUGGUGAGGAAUGGAGUUACCUAAGAGGCGGACUUACAACUAUUGAUCGCGAUUACGGAUGGUUUAAUAAAAUUCACCAUGAUAUUGGGACCCAUGUUAUACAUCACCUGUUCCCUCAAAUCCCACACUAUCACCUAGUAGAAGCAACAAAGGCAGCUAAGCAUGUUCUUGGGAAAUAUUAUCGCGAGCCAGAAAAAUCAGGCCCAAUUCCAUUUCACUUGGCGAAGAUUUUAGCUGCAAGUAUGAAAGAGGAUCACUAUGUCAGUGACACAGGAGAUAUUGUGUAUUAUCAGACUGAUUCAAAGCGUCUUAGAUUUUAUGAGAAGAUAAAGUCCUCGUAAUCUUUUGGAGCUAAAAAUGUUUUGAUCUCUUCCGUUUAUUAUAAAAUUUACAAUUCCUCUAAUUUUGUAUAUUUGUUCUGAAACUGAAACCGACAUAUCAAGCCAUCUGAAUACAAUAAAGGCUCAGUUGAAUGAGUUUUCGCCAUAUGUUUCUAUAGAAGAAGAAAUGAACAACACACGAGGAAAAGAUUAAUCUAAAAUAUCAUUUGGCAAGCCUCCAAAUUGUAUGCAGAAAGUCAUAGCCUGCCUUGCUUGUUCUGUAAGGUAGCUACAAUGCAAU